GGAAUGGCUUCAUAGGCGCGGGCUAGCUGCCAAAUGGUCUUGGCCGCGCCCUCGCAGAAUGGUGACCAUCCGCAGGUCCUUUCAAUGCUACCACAUCGACUGUCGAAACGCCGAGACUGGGUCUGACUGUACCAGGGCAUUCACGCAGGCACAUUGCAUGCCCAGGUGGUGUCACAGAAGCAAUGUCUCAGCUGUCAUAUCAUGACUUUUUUUUUCUCCGACUCGACCUGUAAGAUAUUCGCCAACCGGGUGAAUAGUGGAGUUUUAUAUAAACCUAAGCGGUCGUGCUUGUUGAUACAACGACAGUGAUGCUGGAAGUUUUGGGUCUCGGUAGCGGUCAUUACAUGUGUGCGCAGUCAUAGCCCCUUUCCGACGACCCUUGUCUCGACAAAAUGCUUGCAAAAAGCUCUUCCUCGUUUUUCAACCUUCCUGUGGCACUGGACACCAAUGGGUCGCGCGAGGAGCGCAUCCUCGGCAUGCGACAAGACCAUACCAUUCACACUCACUGGAAGUCUCUUGAUGAUCACUCCUUGUCGAAACCGUCUCUUUUGGACCUCUUUGCGAACAACAUUCCCCUCGUCCGCGAGAGGAACUUCCUUAGCGACGAGGAAUGCAAUGCCAUGCACGAGAUUCUCCUGACACACAAGAUAGGGAUCUACAACAUUGAUCACGUCUGGCCCAAGGUUGGCUGCGUUGGUAUUUCCCAAACAGACUACACCAAAGACAAGGACACAUACUUUGGACGCGUCGAAAAGGCGAGAUCCCUUCAGGAUCGUUGGAAAGCAGAAGCAGGAGUUGACAUUAUGGAUCGGAUCGCGGGUUCCCUCCGUAAGGCCACUGGCCUGCCGGUCCGGUUGGCAACUGAGGGGGAUCGAGAGUAUUUCGCCGGCGUCGUCCGGGCCCUGGACAGCGGCAUACAAAUCCACGCCGACUACGCACCUUUCGAAGGCGCAAACUGGGAAAUCGGGCGCAUUGCCGCUCAGAUCUCGUGGAAUAUCCUGAUCAACAAGAUCCCUGGUGGUGACACAUACAUAUACGACAGGGAGUGGAGGGCACCGCAGGACGAUCUUACAUUCAGGAAGGAGUUCCCGAAAUACGCAUAUGAUCCCCAGAUCGUCCAGGGCCGUGCUUUCAAAGUGAUGAGCGCCCGCCGAGGUGAUCUCACAAUUUUCAACUCCAGGAAUUUCCAUGAGGUCAGAGCAUGUGAUAUCCCGAAAGGAGAACGGGACAUUCCCGUCCGUUAUACUGUGAGCUCCUUCAUUGGGUAUCUACCAGGUCAGGGCGAAGAUCCAGCUACACUGGUGCUUUGGUCGUGAUGAGUCCUUUGACCUUAUAAAUCGAGACUUGUAAUGAGCAUCUCUAAUUGCCAUUCAUGUCAACUGAGAAUGUUAGAAUAGAUUGAAUAGCAAUAUUGCACAUGUAUGUAUCCA